UCACCCUAAUUUACAAUGGCGUUUCUCCUCAUUCAGGCCUGCAGCCCUGGCCUGGCACACGAGUGUGAUGGGAACUCCUAUCUGAACAGUAUCUGUUAUCAGUUCAACAGCCAGCUCCAGAUCACCUCGAACUUCACACCUGCCUUCCAAGAAUGUACUAAGAAAAUAGUGGACCUCGUUUUCCUCUUUGACGGAUCAGCAAGCAUGACAACGGAAGAAUUUGAUAAGAACAAAGGUUUCAUAAACAAUAUCAUGACAACCCUAAAAAACUCCUCAAUUAAGUUCGCAGCGGUUCAGUUCUCAACAAACACCAGGACAGUUUUCAACUUCAGAGACUACCAAGAGGGGAGAGCCUUGACUAAACUUUGGAAAGAAGAGCACAUGGCUCAUAUAACCAACACACAUAAGGCAAUAGACUUUGUCUUGAAAAACAUUUUUGAAAACCAAGCUGCCGGCGCCACCGCAGAUGCAACUAAAGUACUGGUCAUAAUAACAGAUGGAAAUCCCAGCGAUACUGAUAAAAGGCUCAACUCUAUCAAAAGAAGUGAUGAGAAAAACAUCAUCCGCUUUGUCAUCGGGGUCAAGAACGUUGAUUUGAGGAAACUCAAGUCCCUGGCAUCAGAGCCAAAAGAAAACAACACUUUCCUCAUCCAGGACUACAACGGACUAAAAGGAAUCCUAGACAACUUUCAAAAAAAGAUCUUCAACAUUGAAGGUUCCAAGACUGCUCUGGCUGGAAACUUGACUAAAGAAAUGUCUCAGAGUGGGUUCAGUGCUGUCUACGUUAACAAGGACACCUUGGUUCUGGGCUCAGUGGGAUCAAACAACUGGCGUGGAUCUCUUGAGACUGAGGGUCUGAGAUCAGAGGAAAGGGAAAUUCAGGACCCCACAUUGGACAAAGAUUCCUAUAUGGGAUACUCUGUAGCUGUUGGGAAGAAGAAUGAGAACCUUCUAUAUUUUACCGGAGCACCAAGAUCUGAACACAUGGGACGGAUCCUACUUUUUAACAAGGUUAACAACAACUGGACUGUGGCACAAAGCUUGCCUGGAGAACAGAUGGGCUCCUACUUCGGUGCAGAGCUGUGUUCUGUGGACAUAGACUCAGACGGCAACACAGACUUCCUCCUGGUGGGUGCACCAAUGUUUCACCAACUUCCGAGAGAGGGCAGGAUCUACGUCUACACACUGACUGAUAAGCUGGAACUGAGGAUGGAGAUGAAUGUUUCAGUGCCAUCUCAGGGUAGAUUCGGCUCCUCCAUCUGCUCUCUCACAGACCUGAAUGGAGAUGGGCUGAAGGAUGUAGCUGUGGGCGCUCCACUUGAGGACGAUCACAGGGGGGCCGUGUACAUCUACCUGGGUGAAAAGCUAAAGGGGAUCCGCCCUGAAUUCAGCCAGCGCAUCUCAGCUGUGAUGAUGAGAUCUAAGCUCCAGUUCUUUGGCCAGACAAUUGAUGGGAAAAUGGACCUGGGUGAGGAUGGACUGACUGAUAUCGUAGUAGGAGCGCGUGGUGCAGUUGUUGUCUUGAGGUCCAGACCGGUCCUCAGCGUCUCUGCUCAUCUCCACUUCUAUCCCGCGGAGAUCAGCACUGAUAGAUUUGACUGUCUGGCAAAAGAGAUCAUUUCCCCCAUGAUCACGUUAACAGCCUGCUUUAACAUGGCAGAGGCAACAAAGAGUAAAGCUGAGGUGCUGAGUGCAGGGAUGAACGUCUCCUACUCGCUGGAUGUGGAUCCAGUGAGACAGAGGAGCCGAGCCUUUUACAGUGACACGAACAAAGGGGCCAGAAGACUUCUCUCUACAGUGGAGCUGAGAAAGGAGCGGACUUGCUUCAACCACUCAGUCUACAUGACACAAUGCGUGAUCGACACAUUAUCGCCCAUAAUCAUCCAACUACUUUUUUCUCAAUCUGAAAGCCAACAAGAGGGUCUUACUGCCAUUCUGAAUACUGACAGUCCUACACAGGCUGUGGUCGAGGUGCCCUUUGAAAAGAACUGCAAAGAAAAUGAAACCUGUGUGGCAGAGCUUGAGGUGGACUUCAACUUUAUCACAUCAACUUUAUUAGUGGUGGACCAGAGUUACUUCAACGUGACUAUAAGACUGUCCAAUCACGGGGAUGACUCAUUCAACACCAGUCUAACUCUUCUCUACCCUCCUGGCCUCUCAUUCUCCAUGAUGCAUCUUCUGAAGUCUACAAGGAGAACGGUGUUCAGCUGUGGUGGUCUGGAAGGUGAAAUGGACAGAACUACAUGCAGUGUCAGCCUCCCUGUCUACCGUAGUAAAACCACAGCAGUGUUCACCAGUAAAUUCCAUAUUUUGAAUACGUACGACUGGAAGGACACAAUGGAGAUGACCGUCAUCGGACUGAGUGACAACGGAAACUCAACCAAUAGUUCCCUUACCAGGACCAUCCCUGUUCAAUUUGCAGUUGACCUGGUAGCAAAAGCCCUUCCCCAAGACUCCACCACUUACAUGAACUGUACUCUGGAGGAUACAUCACCUAAAAGACUGGUGAAUGUAUAUGAGGUGGAGAACUUGGGAUUUAAGUCUGUACCCAUCACAGUCACCUUCACUUUCCCAACUAAGCUUGAGCACAAAUUUGAAAUGAAGGACUACCAAAUAUCUGUCUUACAGAACCAUACUCAAUGUGGAAAGAUAAUCAAUUCAACAACAGAGUACUGCUCUCCAGAAAAAUACUGCAAGUCCAUCGAGUGUGAAAGUUUCCUUUUGGAGAAGUUUUUGACAGUUACAUUUGUGCUGUCUGGAAAUGUUUCCUUCAAGGACCUCGAUCAACAUGCAAGGAGCUUGUCAUUGCCAAAGAAAUUCACUGGGGAGAGAGAAACAGUCAAUUUCAUCAGUUUUGUCAAACUCAGCUAUGACAAAAAACGAUAUGUCCAGACAGUGAGUGACCCAAGGGAUAACUCUUCAAGCUUCCACCAAACACAGAUUGAUGUUCAGGCUGAGCUCAUCAUUCCUCCCCAUAGAAACCUGAUAAUAGGGACAGGAGUUGGAGUAGGACUCUUCCUCCUGAUCAUCAUCACAAUGUCCAUGUAUAUGCUGGGAUGUUUCAAGAGAAAAAGGCCUGUUGAUAAUGCACAGGAAGAUGAGAAAGAAGGGGAACAGCGUGAACAAGAGCUACAGCCUGAGAGUGGAGCAGUGGAGUCAAAUCUUCUCCUUGACGAAAGUCAAACAGAAAACAAUGGCUUCCCCAUUAGUGAGGUGGUAGGGGAGGGACCAAAAGAGAAACAGGAUGUGUCAGUCAGAAGCAGGCUAAUGGAGUAGAGAAACUCUUUUCAUGCCACUUCCAUAUGGAAGGGACUUUUUAAUAGCAGGUUAGGAGAACUUACGCAGCAGGUUAAGAUAAUUAAUGCAGCAGGUCAGAGAAAGGAGUAGAGGUCCAAGCAAAAAAAACUUAGAUAUAGAAUAAUUGUUUGAUUAAUUAAUAUAGCUUCUGACCUGACCACAGAAUCACACAUAUCACUCAAUAUGUGAUUAAGUCUGAAAUACCUUUUUGAAAAUAGAUGUUUCAUGGACAUUUAUGUUUGAUAAAACAUGACCAAAGUGAUUCAGUAUUAUACAUACUAUAUAUACUGUUUCAAUGUUUAUGUCAAGGUAAAAAUGUAUGACUUUGUAUGAUUGCUGUAAUGUCAGUAAUUUAAAUGAUUAUGGUCUUGCUAAAGAAAUGUACAUUAUACUGUGAGAUGUACACUAUAUAAAUAUAUACAAAAGUAUGUGCACACCC